AUGUUGCACGAAAUCUUACUUGCUCUUUCUGGUUAUCCCGGCGGUAUUAUUGUCGAUGAUGGUAAAACUUUCAAGGUGUUGCCCAAUCUUGACUUUCUCCAUAGUGGUGAGGCCGAUUUGAUCAAUCGAGUAUGUCGUCUAGGUUAUUACUACUAUCAAUUUCAGUCCUUUGCUACCAAAUACCUAAGUACAUCCAAAAAAAGAAAAGAUGAUCCUAAUGAGCUCCGCUCGGGCGUUUACUUAUCAGCCUUCUGUGUUGGUUUAGACAAUGUCCUAGAACCUUAUCGUCAGGCAAUACUCGUCAUCGAACAAGAAGUUUUAAGGGAUUCUCACCUACCUAUCUCUUACCUUCAACAUCAACUUGAAGAGUACCAAAUGACUUUUCCCGUACUCGCUGAGACAUUAAGUUAUUUAUCAUCCGGCAAGUACUAUGGCUGUCGGAUCUUUGAUCUUUUAUAUCAACAGCAAAACUGCGGAAUUAAAUCUGUUGAAGAUUGCCUCCAAAUAAUAAUCAAUACUUGCUAUAAAGCAAUGUGUAAACAACUAUCGACAUGGCUACUACAUGGAUUCAUUGUUGAUCGCUAUGAAGAAUUUUUCAUUUGCCAAGCCAGGCCGUUGGACCAAGAUGAAAGUGACUCGAACCUUGAUCAUAGUACCGCCUCUGGUCAAGAAUUAAUUGAAAUUGAAUCUGUACGAAUUAUGAAGGAAUUUAAAUAUCUUCGAUACACACUUAGAUCUGAAGUAUUACCAGCUCACAUUCCACCACGGAUAGCAGAUAAGAUUGUAUUUAUUGGUGAAUCGGUCCGUAUUUUUGAAAACGCUAGGGAGCUAUCGUUACUUAAUAACGGAGAAUUAAACUCUAUAUACGGAGAUAAGAUGAAUGAGAUUAUCGUAAGAUUGAAGAGUUUAAGCUCACAACAAGUAUUUUCACUGAGUGUUUUUGAAGAAGUUAUUGACGAAAUCCGCUCAACUGUAGCAGAGAGCCUAUGGCGGAUCGUAGUAGAUGACGCUAACCUUGUAGAUCAUCUUAAGAUUCUAAAAGAAUUUUUCCUACUUGGUCGUGGAGAGUUAUUUUUAGCUUUUAUCGAUCAAUGCAAUGAUUUUUUAAAGAAACCUCCAUCUACGAUCAUAGAACAUGAUCUUAAUCUUGCUUUUCAGCAAGCUGCUCAUAAGAUUAUAUUACCAGAUGAAGACUUUCUUAGCCAAUUUCACCUGAAAAUUAUUCAGCCGGAAGUAGAGCAAAAAAAUAUACCAAUAGAACAGCAAGAGAGUGAUAGAGAGGAAGCAGAAUGUGGCUGGACAUGUCUAAAUUUACAAUAUAAUGUUCAGUGGCCUCUUCAACUCAUACUGACUAAACCCAUUCUAGAAAAGUACAACGUGCUAUUUCGUUUCCUGAUUUCUGUAAAUAGAAUACAACUUGAGCUUCAGCACUGUUGGAAAUUGCAAAUGCAGAAACGACAAGAAUGGCAAGAACAAACUCAAUUUCGCAACAUUUGGAAUCUCAGAAAUCAUAUGGCUUUUCUUGUGGAUAAUCUGCAAUACUAUUUGCAAGUUGACGUUUUAGAAGGGCAAUUUACUAUCCUGAUGGAUAAAAUAAAAUCAACGAAAGAUUUUGAGCACGUUCGAAUAGCUCAUGAUCAAUUUAUAAGUGCUCUUGUUGGGCAAUCUUUUCGUCUGUUGAAACCGGUGUCACACUGCCUAGAUGAAAUUCUUAAUCUUUGUCAGCGAUUUUGUGCAUUUGUCAAUCGCCAAAGUGACGAAGUAUUAGAAUCAAGCGCAGAAGAAUUUGAUGAAAUAUCAAAGUGUUUCGAACGUCAAACUUCGCUAUUAUUAAAAAUUCUUUCAAGUGUCAGAAGCCAUCAAGCCAGUCCGCAUUUAUCACAAUUGUUGUUACGAAUUGAUUUUAACAAAUUCUUUAGCUCAAGUACAGGUCUCUCAUAA